AUAUAUAUAAGUAAUAAACAACUGGCAAAUUUGUUUAUCCUUUCUGUGCAUGUGGUCUGUUGGAGGAGAAAAAAAAUCUGUCAAGAAAUUACUUCAUAAAGAUUAAAAUAUUCACUUUCAGUGUUACAAAUAGUUUAAUUCUGAUUAAUGAGUGCAAAUUCCUUUGGAGAGCUGAUGUUUCGGGAGGGGUCUGUAGCACUUAGGUAACUAGUUUAUAUCUAACAUUCUCUUUGCAAUAUUUCAUCAUAUUCUGCUUUAUUAUGUCAAAAAUAAUACUUAUCCACAGAGUGUACUUUGCUUUAAGGGAAGGUAAAGGUUAUGGAAAAUGAAGACUUUUUUUUUUAUUGCAAAACAUACUAAUUACAUUUUAAGCCUCUAACAAACCUUAGUGCAGAUUUUGUUUAUUACUUCUAACAUUUGGAGAGGAAUUCAGAAACAGGGAAGUGUCCAGAAUAAAAGAAUAAAUGUAGCAGUACAUUGAAAGCAUGAAUCUCUUCAAAUAGUUGUAAUUCUAGGCUGUUUGAUUUAUAUUUCCUUGGUUAUUGUUGCUAGUGAGUUGAAAAGUUAUUCUAAAGCAAAAAAAAAGGGGGGGGGCAAACAGUAAAUUCAUAAGUAUUUAUAACAGUUUGGGCAUGCUUUAUAGAUUUCUUUUUCUGUUAAGCUCAUGAAUGUUCAUGUCAUGAGUAGUCACGUAACAAAAAUAAACAGUUAUCCCUUGGCAACAAACUAACCUUUUAAAAUAAAUAUUCCUAUAAAUUUUGUCUUAAGAAACGUGUGCUAACUAAAGUUUAAGAUUUCACAAAAUCUGUUAGCAUCAGAAGGUGUUAAUCUUGCCAGUGGACUGCAUCCUGACACUUCCAUCCCAAACCUUCUGGAACACCCUGUACUACUCUACUGUGGUGGCAGCCGCAGGCUGACCCCAGACCACUUUUCCAGGUUUAUCAUCCCACUCCUUCCAGAUUUUAUGCUGUCAUUAAAAUAAUGAAUUAUAAUUUCCCGUCAUGCCCUGGCUUUUCUCUUCUCUGCAUCUUUACGCAUGCUAAGGCCUAGAAUGCCACCCCCUGCUUCCCAACCUAGCAUCAGAUCCUCAGAUAUAUCUGCGUCUUCCUCACGUGCUAUGGUCCUGACCAGGUGUUGCCUUUACAGGACUUUUUGAUGGCCCUUGUCUCAGGUGUGUCCUCCUCUGAGCUGCUACGGCUCUUUGCAUUUUCCUUUCCUUGUAUUAAGUUACUCAUGUGCUAAUUUAUUUCUUCUAAUCAGUCAGUGCUUUCAAAAUCUGUGAAGGAAUGGACCAUGUUUUGUCUAUCUUUUUCAUUCCCCUAAUGCCGACCACAAUGACCAGCAUAGUGGUCAGUCAAUAAAUAUUAAUUAAAUGACACAUCUAUCACUGAACCCAUGUUUUUUUCUGAAACAAAAUCUGUAAAAGAGUUUCCCCCAUACAGUAGGUCUUAGCGGUCCAUCUUUCAAGAAGCCAGUGUUGAACUUGAGCUGAGGACUUUGUUCAGAGGCUGUGGAGAGCUAGCCCUGAAAUGCCUCUGGUCCAGUUGAGCCUCUUCUCAAUAUUGUGGCUGAGCAUUACAGUCAGGAAAGCUUAUGUGAUACUCAUUGCAUUAGCAAUUUUCCAUAUCAGAUUCACUAAAUACACAAUGGAAACCAUUUAGGGGGGAAAAAAAAAACCAACAACAACAAAAAAACCAGAUUCUAAUGUGAUAUGGCUACCACAAUGAAACUCUAAUGUGAUUCCACAGAAAAUCGCUAACAUGAUAUGCUGACCCCUCUCCCCAUCCCCCAUAGCUACAUAAAAAUUGAUACCAUUUUUAGUGUAUAUGUUUCAAACUAUGCUCACAAAAGAAAAAGCAGACUGCUACUGAGAUGAGCUUCUGUUUUGGUCAGGUUGGAUGUAUGAAGGGUCUUCUUAUCGGCCUUGUCAGAGAGCUGAAUCUCCAUUUUGUGCAGUGUUCAUUGUAUUAAUAAGCAAUACUAAAUCAUUUCUUAAAAUGCAUCAUACUCUGUUAAGUGACUCAGAAUUAAUAGAUAUAGUGUAAUGUAAAAAAUAUAAUUUGUGUAUAAAUAUCGUGCCUCUAUAAUACAUUCAGUUUUACAGUUUUAAUUGGGAAGUCUAAUUAACUCAAAACCAAUUUUCUAAGACUCUAAGAGACACUGACAUAAAAUUUAAAUUCAGAACUUAAGAUGAAAUGCAGAAAUAGUAAGAAACAAAUUACAAAUGUAUGUGUACCGUUCUGUAUCAUUUUAGAAGUCAUAAACACUGAAAAGAUUUUGGUUCUUCCCCUUCAUUCUCUAACCCAUAUUUAAUUCAAAGAUAAAAAUUUAACCCAAAAAAUAAAUGUAAAGGAGUCCUACAAAAUCUGAUUUUUCCUGUAAAGAUAAUUUUGAUUUUCUUUUUGGGGGGGCGUACUAAAUAUCAAAUUUUCUCUCUCUCUUUUGUAUUCAGAUUACCGGAUAUCAUUGGUGUCGUUGCUUUAAUAUAUGAAUUUCCCUUUGGGGAUAUGUAAUAUUUAAUAUUUGGUCACUUCCUCUUCCCCUUUUUCAAAUUUAAUUUUGAAGGACUAUAAAUGGAAAACAUGUAUUCCUCAGUCAUGAAAUGGGUUUAAUGAAAAGCAGUCUUUGAUUUAUUAAACACUGAGAUCACUAGGGAUGAUCAUUCAUCUUAGAAUUCCAGUGACCUGGCAAAAACUCCACAGUUUUCGACCACUGGACAAAUAAUCUGUAAAGUGUACAUGUGCUCUGGGGGCCACCCAGACAGGUUGACAUUGGAGAUUCCUUCUGAAACAGCUUAGAGGGAGGCAUUGGGAGUAAUGGAGGUGUGAACACUGUGAGUAGCAACAGCUUACUUACAUUCACCGUGCCUGAGAGUGCUUCCCCAGGGGGACUGGGCCGUGAGCCCACUGGAUCCCAGCCCCGCUUUAUCCUGAGGAAUAUCUUCUUCCAAGUAGCCUAAUAUUUUUCACUUUAAUCUGUUAAAUUGCUUGGAAGCUGAUCAAAUGUAGAUUUGCUUUGGUUAGUGUGUAUGUUAACUCUAUGUUUUGAUUUGAUUUGAUGAAAUGCAGAAAUUGUCUCAUGGGUAGGGUAGGAGAUAGAUCCGGAACUGUCAUUUGGGACCGUUUAUCAGAAGCCUUGAAGGAGUUUGUCCUAAGUAUUAACAGGCUGUGGAAGGUCUGGAGCAGAUUUGCAGAUUUUUUUUUUUUUUUUUUUAAUGCAGAGUUUGAUGGAUGGUGAAAUUCAACUGAAGUGCUGGGAGUUGCUUUCUGAAUUCUUGUAUCUAAAUUUAACUGACUUGGGAGCCACACAUUUCAGAAAUUAACUCCUAAAAGGAUUCACAGAUUCCAUCAGAGUUUUCCAUCUCAUGGUAGAAUAUUUGACUUCUAUUCAUGUUUCAUUAUAAAUCCACUAAUCCACUAAUUCAUAUUGCUUUUUUUCUUUGCUGGGAAUCACACAGGAGAGUACUGGAGUUUGGCUGGCAUAGGAAGAGGAGUUCGUUGAAAAGUUUGUACAUCGGGACGGUUGUGAGGAUCUGAGACACGUUAGCUUGGACAAGCUUACUCAUGCCAAAGGCACACAUUGCUUACUUGAGUUGGUGUUAGCAGUAUUAAAGGUGCCUGUAUUAGGAGUUCAGAGGGUCUCAGUGGGCUGGCCAGGGAAUCUGUCAGCACUCAGAACACUGUUUCUCUGGGAAAAUGAAUUCCAGUUUCCAAAUGACUACCCAGAAAUUGGCACAACUUGUUCAUUAAGUGGCACUGCCAAGGAUUAAUGGUUAUGAUGAAUGAUAGGAGAUUAUUGUUACGGUUAUGAUUAAUGGUUAUGAUUAAUGAUAUGAGUGACUAUUAGAAGCCAGUGAAUGUGGAAGAUGAGAAAAUGUGUUAAAGCUAAAAAGAAUUUAGUUCUCCUGUGGUUUUCCUUCACUUGUUGGUGCAUUGAUACCAUUCUUUCCCUGUUUUCUGGUGAUAGUAGAAUUUCACUUCUAGGAGCAAAAUUUAGAUUAGGUGUUUGUCAUAGGGAAACCUUUGUGUACAGAAAUGCUUCCCUUGGGGCUUAUUGGUUAAUUGUGUUUACACAAAACAGUCAUUAGGUGUUGGCCGUGUUUGCAAACAAUGGCAAGUUGGUGCCUAGGUGUUACUUCAGAGGAGUGGCACUUCCUUUCUGUUGUCAUUGAUUUAAAUUGCUUGCAAAUACACAUUUUAAAUUUUUUUCAAGAUAUUGUAUGGAUUAAGUUUGGGAUUUUAAAAUGUGAUCUUGUGGAUGUAGUCAUUGCGCUAGAAAGUGGGACUUAUAAGUUUGGGGGACUUAUAUAGGUUAUUCAUUCAAUCAUUGUUUACUCUGUGCCUAUUGUAAUUACACUGCCUACGAGACCCCAAACCCUAGGGACCAUAUAACAAAAUAAAGUACUAAAAGAAAAUAAAAUCAGGACUUCAUAGCCUAAUUAGAAAGAGAGAGGUCAGGAAAGCAAAUAUCAAAAUAUUUAUCCAAUAGUUUCUUUAUGCAAAAAAAAAAAAAAGUAAUCUAUUUGGAUUUCUCUAUAUUUUUCCAUUUUUACUGUGUGUGAAUUUUGAGUCACUCUUGACAAAGAUACUUACAAUGGUCCCAUUUGGGGUUUUAGGACUCUAAAUAAAAGUGAAAUACAAAGUGUAAGGGGAAUAGAGAUUCUUGCAGUAGGUGCUUGUUUAGAACUGAAGGAUGCGGAAGACAUCCCUGGGCCUGGAAUUGUACUACUGUGUCUGUCAGGAGAAGAGCUUUUGCUUCUCUGGCUUUCCCUCUUACCCUCUACUGGUUCAAGAGUGAGUGUGCAUGGCCCCUCCUACAGGAAACCGCCCCUGGCCCUUUUAAUAGCAGUUACAAUAAUGUAUCACCUGUCUGGCAAUAAUGUGUUUAGAUUCUUAUCUCCCGCUGUAGACUAUACUAUUGGAGAGGGAAAGGACCAGCGCCUGGCGUAGGUCUCUGGCUCAUCCUUGAUACUUGUUACAUUUAGUUUCUUCCUUCAACCACCGUCCUUUCUCUUCCCUAACAUAUUUUGGUGUUUUGUAGAAUAAGGCAGAAGGAAGGAUAAGGCAUUUGGAUUUUAAUCUGUAGGCAAGAGAAAACUAUUAAAUGUUAACCUGUGGUCAAAAGAGAAAUACUAAAGGGCUUGAACAGGAGAAUCACAUCAUCAAAGAUGUGUUUGAAAGAGACUGAAGACAAAUUGAAGGGGCGUGGUGCUUCUAAAUAGCCAUAUGGACACCUAGCAAAGCUGGUGAGAUGGUGUUGACGCAUCUCCACUGCUUCAUGAAUAUCUUUGGCAAUUAAAAAUCUGAACUACCCCAAAUGGCAAUCCUUAACACAGUUACGAGUGAUUCUUCUCCAUCAGUUUAUAACCUCCACCACUCAGGCAGCCCUUGGCCAGGAAACUCAACCUCCCACAACACACACGCAUCAAUAAAAUGUUAAAAAAAUUACCCACAUACCAUUUAAAAAAACAUUUAAAAUAUUAUUUAUAGCCAUUUAACACUUUGCAGGUAUUCACGUCCAGGUUAGUGUGCUAUACAACAGCACCUUCAGUAGAAAGACUAUUAAAUGCACAGGAAGGAGGGAAUGCAUUAUAUGCUUCUGCCUGUCCAAGGAAUUUGUUAUAUUACAUCAGCAAAGCAAUGGGCUGUAGGUCAAAAGGUAGCCUAAUUACAUGGGCUUAAUAAUACAGUAGUUAACGUGAUUGAUAAAGCUGGAUUUUACCUUCACUCAAGCAACAUUUAUUGUAGUGUUAAGACUGUUCAGACCACUCUGUGGCAUGGCCUGUGGCCUUGCCAAGGGGCUGGGUGUCUCUGGGGAAAACAAGUAACAAAUGUAAGGAAGGGAGCGUCCUCUGUGCUUUCAUGAAGGUAUAUGCCAGGUGCUGGGGAAGCUGGGAGGAGCUGUGGAGAGCUCAUUAAUGCUGCUGCCUGGGGCCGUGGGGAAGGUUUCCAGGAUGUAGCUGCACACAGGCCUCAGGGCAGAGGGGAGGCAGUGAAGGACAAAAGGAAUGAGGAGGAUUGAUGAGAAGGGAAUGUAGUUUGAGGAGAAAGAUUGUGAACCAGAGAAGCAGAACCUGGUUUGAAAGUGACGCUAAAAGCAUUAAAUCUUACCCAGGAUACUGUUUUUGUUUUUUCAGAUUAAAAUAUAUAAAUGCAUGCACAUAGUAGAAAUUUGGAGAUGGGGUGCCUGGCUGGUUUCGUCAGUGGAGCAUGCAACUCUUGAUCCCGGGGUUGUGAGUUGGGGCCCCACGUUGGGGAUAGAGAUUACUUAAAAGAAAAAUAAGAUCUUUAGGAAAAAAAAGAAAUUUGGUGACAAAUUUAUAUAUACACAUAUAUGUUUUUGACAAACAUUUUAAAGCACAAAUAAAAUACUUUUAAUCCCAACCCCUGGAAAUAGUGUCCCAUUCUGCUUCAGUCUCACAGCAGGAUAUGUCACUAAAGAGUGUGACAGGAUCUGCUCUGGACUUGGAGUGACAGGGCAUUAGGGGCCCAACAGGGAGGGUAGUCUCUUGGGGGGUGGGUGGAUGGGGGAGGCCCAGUAGGACAGAGCUGCCUGCAUGGAGCAGACCCAUUAGGGACGUCUGGGAUGGGGCACAGCUACGAAAUAUGUAAGAGGGUCCAUCCAUGAGAGUUAAUGACCUAUUGAAUGUGGGCUUGAGGAAGAAGAGGAAUAAGAUUUCCAUGGGGUUUUUCUGAGUCUGUUUCUCACUUGGGCAAGUUGUUGGGAGUGGUGCUACCAGAAAAUAUGGAAUGCAGGAAGAAAAACUGGUUUAAGAAAGCUAAUAGGUUCCAUUUCUUUCUCUUUAAAAAAAAAAAUAGUAAACUUUAUUUUUUCGAGCAGUUUUAGGUUCACAGAAAAAAUUGAGCGAAAGGUACAGAGAGUUCCCAUAUGCCUCCUGCCCCCCCCCCCAUGCAUAGUCUAAGGUAGUAUGAUGUCCUCCACCAGAGUGGUUCAUUUGUUACGACUGAUGAACCUACACUGGCACAUCAUUAUCACUCCAAGUACACGGGGUGUUGUACAUUCUGUGGGUUUGUGCAGCUGUGUCAUGUGCACAUAAUACUAUCAACCACUAUAGUAUUAUGCGGAAUGGCUUUAGUGCCCUAAACGUCCUCCCUGCUCUACCUGUCCAUCCCUCCCUCUCCCCAACUCCUGGCAUAGAGUCCAUUACUACAUUGGAACGUAUUGCAUUUAAGGAUCCUGGAGUGUGGAAGUCAGUGGUGGUCAAAUUUUAAUUAAAAAAAUUUUUUUUAAGCCAACAGGGCCCUUUCAUCAAAGAAGCCUCACUAAGUAAAGCUGAAUGAGGCAGGGCUGCUUUGGUGGAUGGUGGCUUCUGCAGAGGGACAGAGUUGAGGCUUUGCCCUUCCCCUGGCAUCCAGCUCCGCCCUGCUGCUCUCUUGUCGCUGCCACUGACUGAGUCUCUCUGCUGUCUCCAGAAUUCUGAAGAACACUGUUUACAGACUGCACGAAGGCAAGCUCUAAUGGCCAACAGAUGGCAUUUGUGGAGAUCUGGGGUGAUGAAGUCCUUGAUGAAGGUGCUGCAAGUGAUGUCAAACACAGUAAUGCCAAGCAUACAUUUUCACUCAUUCCUUCGUGGCAAUAAAAACAAUGCUAGAAAGAAACAAAAAUCUGGAAAGAAAAGUGAAGUUCAUGUGGUGUUGAGUUGGCCAGCCCCUUGUAGAGCCUAAGAGAAAGUCAACCCAGUUCCCAACUGCAAUUGGUCAGUUACUUCCAGAAGAAAAGAAAGACCUAUGACAUCCCUGGAGAGUUCUUACCUAUGACAUCCCUGGAGUGUUACUUGCUGCAAUCAUCCCUCAGGCCCUGCAGGCAAUAACGGGCUGUCUAUCCAGUUCCUGUUUGCCUUGGACACCUGCAGUUCACCUCUUAUGCACUCCAGCACCCCCAUCAGCUCCCUCUUCUCCUUCACUAGCCCAGCAGUGAAGAGACUGCUAGGCUGGAAGCAAGGAGAUGAAGAGGAAAAGUGGGCAGAGAAGGCGGUAGACUCGUUAGUGAAGAAAUUAAAGAAGAAGAAAGGAGCCAUGGAUGAGCUGGAGAGGGCCCUCAGCUGUCCAGGGCAGCCCAGCAAAUGCGUGACAAUUCCCCGGUCCCUGGACGGGCGGCUGCAGGUGUCCCACCGCAAGGGUUUGCCCCAUGUCAUUUAUUGCCGAGUGUGGCGCUGGCCUGACCUCCAGUCUCACCACGAGUUGAAGUCGCUGGAGUGCUGUGAGUUCCCAUUUGGCUCCAAGCAGAAAGAGGUGUGCAUUAACCCCUAUCACUACCGCCGGGUGGAGACUCCAGUGCUGCCGCCUGUCCUCGUGCCAAGGCACAGUGAAUAUAACCCCCAGCUCAGCCUUCUGGCCAAGUUCCGCAGCGCCUCCCUCCACAGUGAGCCUCUCAUGCCGCACAACGCCAUCUAUCCGGACUCUUUCCAGCAGCCUCCGUGCUCUGCCUUCCCUCCCUCGCCCGGGCCCGGGCACGUGUUCUCACAGUCCCCAUGCACCGCCGGCUACCCUCACUCCCCAGGAAGUCCCUCGGAGCCAGAGAGCCCCUAUCAACACUCAGUUGACACACCACCCCCGCCUUAUCAUGCCACAGGAGCCCCAGGGACCCAGAAUGGCCGACCCGUAGAUGCCACAGCUGAUAGUCAUUUAGUGCUGUCAGUGCCUAAUGGAGACUUUCGGCCAGUUUGCUAUGAGGAACCACAACACUGGUGCUCAGUCGCCUACUAUGAACUCAACAACCGGGUUGGGGAGACAUUCCAGGCCUCCUCCCGAAGCGUGCUUAUCGAUGGAUUCACAGACCCUUCAAAUAACAGGAAUCGAUUCUGUCUUGGACUUCUUUCUAAUGUAAACAGAAACUCAACAAUAGAAAACACCAGGAGACACAUAGGAAAGGGGGUGCACUUAUACUACGUCGGGGGCGAGGUGUACGCGGAGUGUGUGAGCGACAGCAGCAUCUUUGUACAGAGCCGGAACUGCAACUAUCAGCACGGCUUCCACCCGGCCACCGUCUGCAAGAUCCCCAGCGGCUGCAGUCUCAAGAUCUUCAACAACCAGCUCUUUGCUCAGCUGCUGGCUCAGUCAGUUCACCACGGAUUUGAAGUCGUCUAUGAGUUGACUAAGAUGUGCACUAUCCGCAUGAGCUUUGUUAAGGGUUGGGGAGCUGAGUAUCAUCGCCAGGAUGUCACAAGCACCCCCUGCUGGAUUGAGAUUCAUCUUCAUGGACCACUGCAGUGGUUGGACAAGGUUCUGACUCAGAUGGGCUCUCCACAUAACCCGAUUUCUUCAGUGUCUUAACAGCCAGUCAUGUCUUAAGCUACAUUUCUAUAGAAUAGAUGCUAUUGCAGGCAGUGGCUUAUAUAGCAUUUCAGAUCUGCAAUUAACUGAAGUUUCUAAGUACAUAAUGUAAAUACAUAUAAUAUAUACUAUUCGUAUUUUUUAUCACCGGUUGUUUUGUGCUAGAAUUUCUAGUUAACCUGAUGCCAGUACAACAUGAUUAGAAAAGCAGUUUUUUCGUGCCUAUGCUAUAAGAAGAAGCGGCUUCUUUUGUGGGGGGAAAUAAAUGAAAGGCAAUUGCGUCAAUAGAAUUUGAAAAAUGUUGGCAGGAAAAAGAGGCAGCAUUAGUCAGCCGUGUCAUUAAAGGCAUCUGUGUGGCCUACCAGAAAAAUGUCAAAACUGUUUAUAUCUUACAAAUCAGGGUACUAGCAGCACUAGAGAAAGUGACACUUUCAGACAAAAGAAAGCAGUCAAACCCGUAACAUUCAAACAAUCUCACUUUUAGUGCUAUUGGCAAGAAGAAGAAGAAAAAAAAAGCUUGUAAAAUUAAUUAUGUAAGAUAAGUCACGUAAAUUAUUUUAUUUCCCAAGUUGAAAUACCUAUAACUGGACUGUUGUGCUGAUAUUAAUGGUACAUUUGAAACAGAUUUAAACUGUGAUUGGAAAAGAGACUGUGAAGCUGGGAGUCAUGUUGCCUCAUGAUCUACCACUGUAAAAAUAAAAAUAAUGAGUCCAAUACAUGGGAAGAUUCAUAUGAAAAUAGCAUGAAAUGAGCUGUAUCCCCAAAUUGCAAAAUAAAACCAGAACUGAGUCCGAGAAUCACCCAGGGUGACCUCCACAUCAGAAAUCGGGCCCCUGUUUUCCUGGUUAUUCCAGUCAAGCAAUCUGGCUGAUGUCCGAGUCUGCAUAGUGAGCUAAAGGACCGUGUGUGUAAAUCCUAGGUGGAGAAAAAGCAGUAAAGUAAGAGGGUUGGACAAAAGCAUCGUAUGUUUAAUCACACCUUCUCACAUUCCCACUGGAAGACUUUGUGGCGAGGGCAUUCCUUUUGCCUUAUUUCCCCUACAUGUUGGCACAUACUAUUUACAGAUGACUAAAACAGUGGUGAAGCCUUUGGGAAAAUCUGGACACAUUGCUGGGGUCAAAUUUAUGAGUUAUAUAACUUAGUGUCUCGAUCUGCUGGUCACAGCUGGUAGCCUCUUAUAAAGCUGAAGCGUCAUACCUGGAAAUAACUUCCCAAAUAAAAUAAUAAUUUCGUAACCCCUAUAAUUUCUGGGGAGCAGUGGUACUGAAGAGUGGGACAUUUAAAAUAUAUAUGUACGGUAUUAAAAACCUGUUCUUAUUUACUCUUGGAUGAUAAAGAGAGGAGAGGAUAAUUCCCCACAUUUCUAGGUACUUUCAUAUAUAAGUAUGUGUGUGUGUGUGUGUGUGUGUGUGUGUGUGUAUAUAUAUAUAUAUAUAUAUAUAGUUCUCACCCACUGAACACUGCAAUGCUUCGAAAAAUAUUUCACACCCUCUUAAAAAUGUAUAAUUUAAGAAGGUAAUUAUGCUUGUAACAGACGGUACUUCGGUAAUCCAAGAGGUUUCUUCAUUUAUGCAUUCUAUCUCAACUCUUUUUAGCAUUAGAGCACACAAUAGUUGCUUCUCAUUAAAUUGUAUUCAAGGUAGACAUGAUCCUGUGAAAAAGAUAUAUACGAGUGAGCUCCUACUGUCACCUCUUGUAAGGACUAGUGUUACCUAAUAGAAACUUUCAUAUAUGCAAUAGAAAGUAGUACAUUCUACGUUAAAACUAGGUGGUCCAUUUAGUGUUUAGAAAACCCCGUAGUUCAUUGGUUCCACUAUGUAUUGUGCCCCUAUACAGGCCGGAUACAGUGUUAGGUACUGUGGACUCAAAUGUAAACCAGAGACAGCCCCAGACUCUGGAGCUGAGAGUCUUGUUAGGAAACCUGUGUAGACAUCUUCAUGUUUCAGAACUUUUAAAACAAAACAAAACUUAACGAUCUUUCUUCCGCUCGAAAAAAUGUAACUGAUUUCUUAAUUAUCUCUAUUUUGAAACUUAUUUCCCUUCUCUUCUGAGCAAUCAGGUAAGAGAUGAAGUCUUCCUUGGAGAAAUUCUACUUUUCUUCAGCGCCCCAAAGUUGUUUGUUUUCUCCCCUUACUUCCCUAUUUUCCAGUUUUUUUCCCAUUUCCUCUUUUCUUGGAAAAGGCAUUAAUACGGUGAGUCUUCCUCACAUGAGUACAGCUCUGUGAGAGCAUAAGUACACAUGGUUUUUGCUCCGGAGACCUAACAUAGCUUUCUUGAUCUCUUCACAAAUGCUCAAACUCAUCCUCUGAUAACCUUAUACCUUUACAGAAUUAAUCAUAACUGGUCACUUAUAAAUUACAUUAAAAAAAAAUAACAAACCUGGAUGUUCAUGCAGGUUUGGUAAAACCAGGACAAAAUAUUCCAGUGAGCCUGUGUUAAUCCUUUGAAAAACAAAUGAUUAAAGUGGUACAUUUGCAUCAUCACCGGUCCUCUCUCACCAAAAGUCCGAAUUAGGAUACGAGUGAAAUUCAGAAAAGUUAACCCUCCGGUCACUGUAACUAGUCACGUUCUCAUCAGGCUUUUAACAUUUUUGCUGGCAGGAAUUGUCCAAAGUUGUAAUGUAGCAUUUUCUUUCAGACUUCCACGUUUGCUCAUGUAGCAUUCAUUCCUUUAGAUGGACAAUCCCCCCAAAAUGUAAUAGCAUUCCUUUAUAGGAUAACUAGCAAAGUGGACAUGCUAAGCCAUUUAAAGGCACCAACAAUGCCAAACAUUUUUAAGGUUGCCAUGGACAAGGGUCGUGCAAUACAGAACAACGUUUUGGCCUGCUCUGAAGACCCAGAACAUUUGUUGUGUUGUUCAAGCCUGUUUUCUGUUCUUUUCCUGUUUAAAAAUUGAGAUGUGAGAAGUUUGCUUUAGUUAGAUGAUAUUUUACUACCUGCCAGUGCUUUGGAACUAUAAAGAUGUCACUUUUCAACACAUUUACCUUAUUUUUUUUUUUUUACAUCCAGUAUAAAUCAGGAAAAGUUGAACAACAACAUAGCACUAGCACUUAGAAUCCCCUUUUCAUUGUCUUCUAAGGGAUUAGAAGCAACAACAAAAGCAUUUUCUAAAUAUCACCUGCUAGACUUUAAGCACCUGCUUAACUUUGAAUGUGUCCUGAAUAUUUGGUAUGUAUAUUCAACAACUAAAGCAAACUAUAAUGUGCAUUCCAAAUUUGUCUUCCCCUGUUAUGAUUUAGCAGUUGAACUGUAUGACAAGACUAGGGGAUCCUGACAUAUGUUCAAAUUAAUGUAACACAAACCAACAAGAAAAGAAACCAUUUCUAUUUAAGUAAUGCUUUUGAUGAUCAUAUCUAGGCUUCAAUUAUCCUUCAAAUGCACACUUAUACUGUUAUGUGAUUGUUUAUAAUAAACAAUACUGUACCUA